AUGGAUCUUGAGGAAGGCGUACCUGUUGUCUGUGACAAUGGUUCUGGAAUGGUUAAGGCUGGAUUUGCUGGAGAUGAUGCACCCAGAGCUGCAUUCCCAAGCAUCAUAGGCAGACCAAGACACAGUGGAGUCAUGGUGGGUAUGGAGAUGAAGGAUGCUUAUAUUGGUGAUGAGGCUCAGUCAAAAAGAGGUAUACUUUCAUUAAAGUAUCCAAUUGAGCAUGGUAUAAUCUCAAACUGGGAUGACAUGGAGAAAAUUUGGCAACACACAUUUUGUAAUGAGCUUAGAGCAGAUUCAGAGUUGCACCCAAUUCUUCUUACAGAAGCCCCUUUAAAUCCAAAGGCAAACAGAGAAAAGAUGACUGAGAUUAUGUUCGAGACUUUUAAUGUGCCUGCUAUGUAUGUAGCCAUUCAGGCUAUACUGUCCUUGUAUGCCAGUGGCAGGACAACUGGUGUUGUUUUAGAUUCAGGGGAUGGGGUUACUCACACUGUACCAAUUUAUGAAGGAUAUUCCCUUCCUCAUGCCAUUCUCAGGUUGGAUCUUGCUGGGCAAGAUUUGACAGACUGGUUGAUGAAGAUCCUGACUGAGAGAGGACACUCAUUCACAACAACUGCAGAAAGAGAAAUUGCUCGUGACAUGAAAGAGAAGCUUUCAUAUGUAGCACUAGACUAUGAGCAGGAGCUUGAGACAGCAAAACAAAGCUCCUUAAUUGAGAAGAGUUAUGAGCUUCCUGAUGGGCAGGUUAUAACAAUUGGCAAUGAAAGAUUUAGAUGCCCUGAGGUCUUAUUUCAGCCCUCUUUUGUUGGAAUGGAAGCUGGAGGUAUUCAUGAGAUGACCCACAAUGCAAUCAUGAAAUGUGACAUUGAUGUAAGGAAGGAGUUGUUUGCAAAUGUGGUUCUGAGUGGGGGAUCCACCAUGUUUCCUGGUAUUGCUGACAGAGUUAACAAGGAGAUGACUGCUCUAACUCCCAAUGGCUUGAGAAUCAAAGUUAUUGCACCUCCUGAGAGGAAAUAUAGUGUUUGGAUUGGUGGCUCCAUUUUGGCAUCUCUUAACACAUUCCAACAGAUGUGGAUAACAAAGGCUGAGUAUGAAGAGUCAGGUCCAUCAAUUGUUCACAGGAAGUGUUUCUAA